UGGAUAAAAGUCCGAGAAAAAUGAGGGCAGUUCAGCGAUACACGCGAAGAAAACACACAUGCCGGGAGGCCAAUUAGCAUAAAGUUCGUUUGUUGGAGUGAACGUUAAUGGCCAAAGGUCACUACAAGUAUGUUACAGUCAUUUGCCUCUCGCAUCCACGCUGGACGCAAACAAUGAUGUAAGAAGCCUACACAGAACCCCAUGAUAUACUGCAUACACAAGCUGCAUGUCACCGCAAACGAGAUGGUGACGGUACUUGGAUGCAGUGCCCCAGUCAGAUAAAGACCUGUGGUCUACGAUAGCAUUUGAUAGGAUGGUUGAGAUGCCUUCGAAUGGACUCCUGUUACAAAAUACCACAUGCAUUGAGCAUGACUUAGUCAUCACCAUGCACUGUACCCUUUUUCUUGUGAAAGGUUGUCACAAAGGAUUGUGGUGACAUCCAUCACGCUCACGCCAUUGGCAAAUCACAUGUUAUAACAAGAAAUAGAGACCACUGAGGAGUGUGUGAUGGAUAGACGUGCAGUCACCAGGCGUAGUGAUAGCUGCCGUGAUGAACAUCGGUUGGUCGGAACUGUGAAGAAGAAUGGAAUUUUGAGUAUUACGUUCCGACAGCAACUCUGUCUCAAAAUCAACAUCAAAGCCCUCAAUCAGUCGGUGGUCAACUUUGAUUUUCAGGCUUCACUUCAUACCAAACACCCUGCUACAGAUUGAUGAUGUCUGUUUCGCUCUCUGGAAGACUCUCUAGGUUGUUCCAAGACGAUUGGACAAAACACGGAAAAAACAUUAAUUGGUUCAAGCAGAACUACUCAUAGGGCCUACUCGUUGUAGUCGAUAUCAACCUGCCUUCAUCCGCUGUCAACAACAUUAAGGACACAUUCCUGCAGAAAGAAACUCCUAAACGUGGGCUAAAACCGAACAACAUGUACAUGUGUAUGUACCUACAAGCACAGUAGGAGACCUCAUGGAUCAUGUGGCAGAAGGCAAUGUAAAUGAAAGGUUUCAAAGACAGGAGUCGUGCCUUCAAGGCUUCCAAAUUGAUUUAGAGUUCUUGCACUUGCGGACCGAUUUGAUUUCGGCUGACCGGGUUUUUGGCUGCCUCCAGAUCGACAAUAAGCGAGUCUGGGAGUAUAAGCUAGCCUACGUGCUUCAGAUCUGGGAAGUGUGCUUCUAUCACAGUUUUGGACGGCAGAUACAUACACACAAGCGGGAACUGACUUACGCAAAACCUAUUACUCUGCACUGUACUACGUAACGGCGCGGGAUAGGCGAAUGGGUGCGAUGGUUUCCUCUCCAUCAACGAGCUUGGUGCGCCAAGUGCAUGUCUGCUGAAAGAUAUGUCUGGGAAUCAUCACAAACAUGCGGGAGCCUCGCAGGUUCGUCUUCUUGUCUGGGCAGUCCCUCGAUCUCUGUCCACCGUAUUAACGAAAUGUCUGAGCUUUGUAGAGGACAGUCUGGUUAUCUUUGAGCCGUACUUUUGCGCUUAUCUGCUGGGGCCCCAAAGGUUCGUGCCAGAGGUUCUAGAUGCUGUCGAGGAAGUCGGGCUAGCGAAUUACGAAAAAGAAGCCGCUGAAUUGACUUCAGUUAAAGGUGGGUUUGAAGCAUCCGAGUGCACUUACGAGUGGGCAAGAGAGCAACUCGAAGCAGAUCAUGUUGGAAAGCGUUUUGUCUUCUGCAAAGACAUUGCCUCUGCAGUUAUUAUCGGAGACAAGUUGGAAUUUCUCCCACGUGACUACCGACAUGUGUUCCUCAUCCGCCACCCGCUUAGAGUCUUCCCGUCUAUGAAGGAGAUGAUCCGUUUAACUGAGAGGGCAUCCCAUGAUUUCAGUCUGGAUGAAGUGAAGCGGUUCCCGACAUACAGUAUGUUUCGGGACGCGUCUGACCUGUCCGACCACAUACGGAAAGAGCAAAAGCAAGAGGCAAUCAUCAUCGACGCCGAUGACCUUCAGCAAGAUCCUCGGGGCGUCCUGUCGGCGCUUUUCACCGCCAUUGGGAUGCCCUUCCAGGAGCGGCUCUUGAACUGGGAGGCAGGGGAUGCAGUGUCUCGUUCAUGGUUCAUCUCCACGACGCAAUUGAGAGGAAACCAGAUCGGGCAGUAUUACAAGAAUGCCUUCGCUAGCACGUGCUUCCUAAGGCCGAGCGCUCUACCGGAUCGUGAGUCGCUCUCAGCGGACAUUCUCCGCUGCGUCGAUGCCUCCAUGCCCUAUUACAAGAAGAUGUACGCCCAGCGUUUGAAACCUUGUUAAACGUUCAAUACACGCAAGGUUUGACUUGGAAAGUAUUUGUGUGACACUGCCCAUGAUUGAUCGAGAUUAGUAGUUACAAUUACUAUAAUCGUAACAAUUAUUCCAACAUUGAUAGUAUUGGUGUGGUUGGUGAACAAACCUAUCAGGAAAUAGGUCCAUUAGUUCCCUGAAUGUAGUCAACGCAUGUUUAUUCAUUUCAAGCGGGCUGAGCAUUUGCAGGUAAUUCCGUCUGUUGACACCACCCUUAAGCUUCCUGUACCUACCUCUGUCAGGAUUCCCACGGAAAUCUGUAAACUAAAAUUGCAUCACACUGUCGAGACUCUCCUGGACCAAACGAUGACAAUUUCCAUUACAUUUGAUGCCAGUUUGCAGAGAAAAAUUGUUCGAUAUUAGGUAGCCCACUACUAUAGAUUGACCACGAAGAGAUGGGCAUCCGUAGCCUAUGAAUUUGUCAUUAUAUCGUUAUAAUGACUUAAUAAUACAUGUAAUUAAUUUAAACACUUAAAAAUUAGAACACUUAAAAAUUAGAACAGAAAUAAACAACUCAAACAGAAUCUAGAGAUAUGGUCAUAAGUACCAUGACUAUGUAAUAUAGGUAAUCAACUUUAUCAUCAGAAAUACAUUUAUUUUAUCAACGAAACGCACACAAGCAUAAUGAAAGUAUAUAAUCAUGAUCGUGGAAAGAAUAAAUGAAUGACAAAUCCACAUUAUUGCUUUAAAAAUUAAAGAUCAAAAAGACACGUAUCCAUGCAUAAGCCCAAGACCCCUCCCAUACCCAAAUACAGCUGAGUGGGGAAAUUUCCCCGUUGCCAAACGUUUUACUUGUGAAAAGAUUAGUUUUGUUUUCAACAAAGUAUUGGUGAUAGUUCGUAAGACUUUAAUAUAAUUUCGAAACUGUUUAUGAGAGGUCAAAGUUUGGGAGGAUAUUUCUUUUUCAGGUCAAGUAGUUUUCCAGUUUUCGCUGUAGAAUUUUACAAAAUUUCUUUUUUGAGGUGAUUUCUUUGAGAAGUAAUCGGACAUAAAAAACACAAGUUAUAAAAUUGUUACACAUUAUUUUUUUAUGGAAGGUCUCCGGAUGCGUGCCUACAGGGGUCAACGUUCAGGUUCUAUUGUCUAGCAUGUAUUUUUUAACGUCUUACAUGAUAUUAAUAAAGUUCGUUGACUCAUCAGUGAAACGCUAUAUAGGUGCAAUAGGGGCCUUUUCCUAUGUUUGAAAUUUGCAGAAUGUUUUUUUGUUCAUAUUGUCAACUGAGUUAACACGAAUAAACUAGCGGUGGAUCCAUUUCA